AUUCAUUAAAUUGGGUUAGAUGUUCAAUUGAAAAAAGAAAAACCCCUGUUACGAAAGUAUGGUCACGUGGACACGUGAGUGAGCGAGAGGGUUUUCAAGUAGGGUUUUUGCAGCUCCAAAAAAAAAACAUAAUAUCCAAUGGCGGCAAUUCUUCAUUUCCGUCCAUGUCGCCGGCGAAUCCUUCACAGCCCCAUUUCCUCCAUCCAUUUCUAUUCUUCAAAUUCCGAUGACAAUAAAAAAGUCUCUUCACUUGAAGAGAUCCGGAAUAACCUCGCUCAGUUCCGUAACCGUACGAACGUUCCGCCGCCGCCGGCGUCGCCGUCGUCAUCCUCAUCACGACCUCCGGUUGUUUCCUUCCAGGAGCUCUAUAAACGUAACGUCAUGCCGAAAUCCAAUCAAGUUUCCGGAUCACCCGGACCCGGACUAUCCGGAUCCAAACCGGUUUCCUUGGAUUCGAUUCGAUUGAGUUUAAAAAACAUGAAACCGAAUCCGGUACCGUCACCAUUACAAUCUCGACUUUCCGGCCAGAGAAACGAUCUGGGUUUGAAUUUGAAACCGAAGAUCGGGACCGAAAUGCCGGAUUCAUUUAAGAAGAAGGAUGUAAAAUUAUCGGACGAGUGGAAUAAAACGGACUAUGUUAGGCCGUAUAAUUACGGUGAGUUAGGGAACAAGUUGAAGAAUUUGCGGCCAGUGAACAAAAAGGGUAAGUUUUCGAUAUCGGAAUUGAGUGAGAGGUUGAAUGCCAUGAGAGAAGCCGAAGAGAAGGAAAUGAAAAACACCAGUGGCCAAAUGUUUCUUGAUCUUAGGGAAAGCCUUAUCAAGAUAGGCGAUGAAGAAAAAUCUAAAAAGACUCCAGCUCCCAGAGCUAUAUUCGGUUUUGGAGAACAGAGCUUUAUGUUAUCUCCGCCAAAGGAGACCUUGGUUGAAAAGUAUUUCCAUCCAGAUCAUAUGUCGUCUGCCGAGAAACAGAAGCUAGAGCUCAAAAAAGUAAGAGAAAAAUUCAAAAUUUCUGAGUCAGACUGUGGAUCAUCGCGUGUUCAAGUGGCACAGCUCACUACAAAGAUUAAGCAUCUUGCUACAGUCCUACAUAAAAAGGAUAAACAUUCUCAAAAGGGCCUUCAAGCUAUGGUACAGAGAAGGAAGAAACUAUUGAAAUACCUUCAAAGAACAGACUGGGAGUCUUAUUGCUUUUGUAUCGCGGAACUUGGUCUUCGGGAUGUUGCAUAUGACAAAGCUUCCAUAAUUGAUCGACGCCGGAAUGAAAUCAAAAAACUUGAUGAAGGCUCUACAUCCAAGAAAAAAAAGAAAGUGAAGAAGGCUGCUUAGUUAGAAAGAGCCUGUAUUUGGCAUUGAUAAUGUUACCUUACCCUGGCAAGCGGGAUUUUUUUGAAAUUGCCGCUCUUCCUCAUGUUGCAAGACUUGUAAAACUAUCUAAUUUGGAGAAUAAGAAUACACAAACGCUUGCAAAAUAUCAUCUUUUGGAAUACCAAAUCUCCUACUUGACUGACUCAUCUAUCAAGUAUACUUUAGGCUCGUUUAGGAAGGCUGAAGGAUCUUUUCUAAAGUUCGUGACUUUGACUCAUUUGUAACGUAAUGUCUAUUUGGCUUGAUGUUAAAGGUAACGAUUUGUUUCACAUACA